AUGCUAUCUUCAUUACUGCGACCAAAGAAAGCACGACGACGCGUACAAGAAAUCCAGUCACCUUUCUCGUCACCGUAUGUUGAUCGAUCUUCGCCAGCUGCAGAGAGAAGAGAACGUUUGCCUCGACAUGCAUCCGCAGAUUUUACGGAAACAGAAAUUGAGGAAGAUACUGAGGAAGAGAUUGUGUUGGAAAACAACGAUGCAGAUGAGAAUGAAAGAGUUAACGAGGACGAACUAGAGGAAGAAGAUGGGGAUGAAGAUCAACCUCUCUUGCCUAUCUUCUCUGCAGCACAUCUUGAUGCACUUCCAGUAUAUAAUCUCACUCAUGCCAUUCGACUUAUUAUACUUCCGCGGACGGAAACAACAUUGACCUGGGAUCAAUUACGGUCACCACAAGUUUCCCAGUUUUUGGUGAAGCCUAUGCAACAACAAAUUCGAACCUCCCACUUUUCGCGAGCUACUUUAUAUGCAUUGAUGGCCAACUGUUUACAAUUCAAAAAGGAAAGUCAAGCAAAUCCGGGUAACGCAGGGAAUAGCUUGACGAGAGCUCUAGUUUGUGAGCUUCUAGCCAUUAAGUUAUUGAAGGAAUACAAUACACGAGAGUUGAUCGACGCCCUUUCUUAUGACUUCUUUCCAUUACAAGGCUUGGCUCAACCAGAUCCAGCAAUAACAAAUUGGAACCAAAGAAAUCGCACGAGGCCAGUUGCGGCCAGGAUAUCAACAUUGGAAGUAGCUAUUAGGGCAUCUGCGAAACGAUUAUUGGCACAUCCACUCGUGGUGCAACAACUAGAAGCUAUUUGGGCUGGAACCAUUGUAUUCCAUUCUGCAGCGGAUAAUCUUCAUCGUACAUCCACAAGCCGGACAGGGUAUAAGAAACAAAGCCCAAGCAAUGGGAGUGCGGUUCCAUUACUAACUCGUGAACAACUUCGAUAUGGGGCAACAGCAGGUACUCUAAAGCCUCCUAAUAAAGAACCGGAGAGUCAGCAAGCAAUCCAGACUUUGACUAGGAGAACAGUCACUUUAUAUGAUCCUAGAGAUGCGUCUUUAUUCAAGCUUUCAAGGUUGAGGGUACCACGCUAUCGGCAAUUCUUCUCCACCUGCUCACUCGCCAUUCUUCUCGUUCUAUUUUUAGCUGUUCUCAGUCAAAGAUCAACCGACAUUACGGGCCUAGAAGUCAUAUUUUGGUUUUGGAGUGCAGGUUUUAUGCUUGAUGAGGUAGUUGGGUUUAAUGAACAAGGAUUCUCGUUAUACAUAAUGAGUUUCUGGAAUGCUUUCGAUUUGGGAAUUCUCGUUUUACUCACGAUUUACUACUGCAUGCGCUUAUAUGGUAUCUUCUUGGUGGACUAUGGAAGAGAGGAGUGGAAUAGUAUGGCAUAUGAUGUUCUUGCGACCAAUGCAAUUCUACUCUUCCCUCGAUUGUUCAGCGUUCUCGACCACUACAGAUAUUUCUCACAACUAUUAAUCGCAUUCAGGUUGAUGGCUAUUGAUCUUGUCGCGGUAUUUGUACUGAUCUUGAUAGCUUGUAGUGGAUUUUUUGUUGCAUUCACUUUAUCAUUUGGGAAAAGCGAAUAUGAUGCAGCAGGGGUUGCUUAUAAGAUCUUUCAGAUACUGAUGGGAUUUACACCUGCAGCAUGGGAAGCAUGGGAGACUUAUAAUUUCCUUGGAAAAGCAUUACUUGUGCUUUUCUUAUUCAUUUGUCACUUCCUCGUUAUAACCAUUCUCAUAACGGUCUUGACAAAUUCCUUCAUGUCAAUUGUCUCAAACGCUAACGAAGAACAUCAAUUCGUCUUCGCUGUCAACACAAUCUCUAUGGUCAAGAAUGAUGCUCUCUUCUCUUAUGUGGCACCAACAAAUAUUCUUGCAUGGGUUCUUACACCCUUCAGAAAUCGCCCUAGUUUUGAGCGUCGUCAAACUCAUAAUGUUAUAAAUAACUGGAUGGAGCACCAAGGCGAGGUCGUUAGUCCACCACAAGAACAAGAUCGCUCGAUAUUGGAACGAUUGGAGAUGCGAAGACAAUCUAGAAAAGCAACCAUUAUGAGACAACGUGGAAUUAGUCGUGAGCUUUCCGGAAAUAGAUCUGUGGCUAGUGAUCCGGCGGAAUUUAUAUCUACAGGGUUUCAUGAUAUGACUCGAAUUUCCGAUGAUGCAUUACAUCCAAAUUCUUUCGGUGGUGGUCAUACUGAUGCGGAUGGAGAUGAUGAAUUGUUGACAAAUGAUGAAGACGAACUCCAUACCGAGGAUAAGCAUACAGCGACAAACUUCAGUCAAAGUGAUGCUGAAUCCGAAGAAGAUUACUUUCAAACUCCAACCGCGACUAGAUUCGUUUCUCCAACUCCAGCAUUCAACGCACAACAAGAUUACGCUCGCCAAAAUGGAUCACCUCCAAAACAAUCCAAAGCUACACCAAGGAAAAAGCCCCAUGAUAGGAACUUAUCUACAACGACAAUCCUUUUCAACCCUGUUGCUUAUACUUCUUCUGUUUCAUCCAUUUCACCUCCUCGCUCACGACCACUAACAGCAAAAAUAUAUUCACAAGCCAAUACUGGAACCAACACCCCAGCAGGUCCAUCGGGAUCUCGUACUCCGAAAACUGCCAACUUCACAAACACAACCACUCGACCACGUCCUAUUCUGCCCAAUCGUGCGAAUUUCCAAUCUAUUCCAAAUAUCAAUAAGCCAGAUCCUGCACGCAACCGCCUUAUGCGUCACAAAGAUUCUAGUUUAAACAUUAGUUUGUCAGAGAUGGGCCUUGAGCAUGCUCAACUUGGUGCAGUGCCUAGUUCAUUUCAAACUCAAAUGGCUAUUGCUACUGAGAUGGCGAUGAAACGUGAUAAAAAAGAAGAAACUGCAGAUGGUAUGAUGGGAAGGUUAAUGUUGGCAAGAAUGAAGACUUUGGAGGAAGGAUUUGCUGAAGUCGUCAAGGAAUUUAGGGGGAUGCGAACAGCUGGAAAUUCCUCGGUUGAGAAUGAACCUUCGAUAGCAAAGUGGAGAGAAGCAAAAGGGGAUAAAAAGAAGAAACGGCCUGGCAGCGCCAAUCUUUCACAAACGAAAAGUGAAAUAAAUGUGGAAAGUCUAAGGAUGACAAGUUCGAAGGGAAAAGAAAAGGGAUACUUUGAUAAUAAUCAUGGCGGUGGGGAUAUUCCGACUGGUGGGCUCGAGGUUGAAGGAUUUACGAGUCGAGGAACGAGCGAGUAUAAGACUCCGUAUGAAACGCCCGACGCGGGUAUUAUUGCACAGUAUCUGACCAAGGGGAAUUCCUUGUAG